UUCUAUGGAUUUUGCAUGGCCCAAACUGUGCAGAGAUGGCCGUUUCCCAAUGACUGCCAUCGGUACUACGAGACCCGAUUGCUUGACUGUCCUCCGGAAUAUUAUUGGAACUCACAGCUGCUACAAUGCGAUUCGCAGACUCCGGUUGGCUGUUCCUCCCUAGAUCCGAUACCGAAUUGGAACUACUCCAAUCCCAAUCCUCCACCGAUUACAGAUCCAGAAAAUUCCGAUCUUUCGAAACUAUGCGAGAAUAAGCUCAACCAGCUAAUACCCUACCCAGCGGAUUGCACCAAGUUCAUUCGAUGUGAUUACCUGCCCUUCGUAAUGUGCUGCCCGCAUUAUCUCUAUUGGAACUCCAAGCUCCUUACAUGCGAUAAGAUGUGUGUUUAG